AUGGACACCGAAAGCAAACACAGUGCCCAGGAAACUAUUCAGGAUGUGGACUUUGUCCAGCAGGAUCUUCAGUCGAAGGUCUCGAAGCCGUUGUGGAUUCUAAUCGUGCUGACGAUCCUUUCUUCGACUUUUCUGUUCUCGCUCGAUAAUACCAUCGUCGCGGAUGUGCAGUCUCCCAUCGUCGAUCAGUUCGGGGAGGUAGGGAAAUUGAGUUGGCUGGGUGUGGCCUUUGUGCUUUCGGGCUCCGCGACGAUUAUUACCUGGGGAAAAUUGUUCGGGAUCUUUAGUGCCAAAUGGCUGUAUCUGACCUCCGUCGUUCUCUUUGAAGCUGGCAGUGCGCUUUGUGGAGCUGCUCCCAGUAUGAAUGCGUUUAUUGUUGGCCGUGCUCUUGCGGGCUUGGGGGGCGCGGGCAUGUACUUGGGCUGCAUCACGUUGCUAUCACUCACCACUUCUGUUCGACAGCGGCCGAAUUACAUGGCACUCACCGGGAUAACUUGGGGAACUGGAACCGUGCUUGGACCAGUGGUUGGUGGUGCAUUCUCGGAAAACCCACACGCAACCUGGCGGUGGGCCUUCUAUAUCAACCUAUGCAUUGGCGGUGCUUUUGCUCCCGUCUACAUCUUCUUCCUUCCCCGUGGUGAUCCCCAGGAAGGCAUGACGCUCACGCAGAAGCUGCUACAGAUCGACUAUCUCGGCAUGGUGUUGAACGUGGGUGCUUUCACGGCCUUGAUCAUGGCUAUUACUUUCGGAGGAAAUCUCUUCGACUGGGCCGCUGGACAGGAGAUCACGCUUUGGGUGGUUGGUGGUGUCCUGCUGCUUCUGUUUGUUCUACAGCAGCGGUUCACCAUUGGCACCACGGACACGGAGCGCAUUUUCCCUGCUGAUUUUCUGCGCCAGCCUCUGAUGUGGUUGCUUUUUGCACUCAUGUGUUCUGCCUCGACGUGUGUAUUUGUUCCCACUUACUACAUUCCUCUGUAUUUCCAAUUUGUGAGAGGGGACUCAGCUCUGACUGCAGCAGUGCGACUGCUUCCCUUUAUCUGCCUAAUGGUCGUCUCCGGCUUCGCAAAUGGCGGGUUCAUGUCCAAGUUUGGAUACUACAUGCCAUGGUACCUGGCCGGUGGAGUCCUGACAACCAUUGGAGGCGCCUUGAUGAGCACUAUCGAUGAGAAUUGCUCGAACAGCCGAGUCUACGGCUACUCUGUCCUUAUCGGAAUCGGCGCUGGCAUGUUCAUCCAAGCAAGCUUUUCAGUAGCGCAAGCCAAAGUCACCCCGUCCCGAGAACCGGAUGCUUCGUCUUUCAUUGCAUUGGCACAGAAUCUCGGCAUUGUCCUCGCAUUGGCCAUCUCUGGAGCCGUGUUCCAGAACAAGGCAAUCGACGAACUACAGAAGAUUCUUCCUCACCUGCCGCGAGAUGUGCUCCGGGGAGCUAUCUCGGGAUCGAACAGUGCUGUCCUGAAGCAGAUCCCGGCAGACACAAAGGUCAAAAUACUCCAUGCUGUCGUCGAUGCCAUGUCUCGUACGUAUUACUUGGUAGUAGGUGCAGGUGCAUUGACGAUUAUCGGGUCGCUUUUCAUGAAACGCGAGAGAAUCUUCAUGCAAGCUGCUGCCGCCGCGUGA